CAAACAUGGCGUCUCCCGUCGCAGUGUGACUUCUGUCAACAAGACCAAUCGUUUUCUAAAUGAAUGUAGGCCAGUGUAGUGAUAUUGACUGAUAAUAGAACACACCGGAGGAUGAAACUGUUGCUGACGGUGUUCAGACGAACCCCUAAAGCGGCUCUUUACUGCAAACAUCCGCGGAGUUUGGGCUCCUCUCCCAGCAGCGGCCUCUUACCUCUCCGAGAUGACGCUCUGGUCGCCGGGUCAAGCAAGGAACUCCUACGGAGAGUCGGUUCGCAGGUGGAGGUGAGGACGAGCUUCAUCACUGAGGCAGAGGAAGACGCCUUUGUUCGUGAGCUGGAACCAGGCCUGAAGAAGAAACGUUAUGAAUAUGACCACUGGGACGAUGCGAUCCACGGGUACAGAGAGACGGAGCGAGUGCGGUGGGGGGCAGCGUGUGAGGAGGUGUUGAACCGUGUCCGGUCAUAUGCGUUUCCAGAAGGCAAUCAGCUCCUCGGGCCUGUGCACGUCCUGGAUCUGGACAAGGCUGGCUACAUCAAACCUCAUAUUGACAGUGUCAAGUUUUGUGGUAGCACCAUUGCUGGAUUAAGUCUCCUGUCUGACAGCAUCAUGCGUUUGGUGAAGGAGGAUGCCACCAGUGAAUGGCUGUACCUUCUCCUGCCUCGACGCUCCCUCUACAUACUGAGGGAUGAGGCCAGAUAUAACUUCACUCACGAGAUCUUGAAAGAUGAGGAGUCUGUGUUUAAUGGACAGAGAGUGCCACGACUGCGCAGAAUCUCCGUUAUCUGUCGGAACCUUCCUGGUUAACUCCUGCUUAAACCCAGCCCAGACAUGAACAGAACAAAGACUAUACUUUUAGCACUGUAUCUGUUCUUUUUAUUAAAAAUUAGGUGAUAAACAAAAAGGUUCUAGAUGAAAAAAUGUAUCUAAUUUAUAUUUAUUUAAAGCAUUUCUUAGUGCUUAAAUUGCAGCAGAGAUACUCUCUGCCGUGUGGCCGGGUCAAACCCAUGCUCCAAAAUAACUAACAGGUUUUGAGUGACAUUUCUUGUGUUCAAAUUUUCAUUGAUCAUCUCCUGAAAGAUCCAAUAAGUGGUUUCCCUGAAGUUACUACUACUGCUCAUAUAAAUAUACAGCACGUUUCACAAUAAAGUAACCAAUGCCAUUGUGGUUUCAAAGAGAAAUUCAGUUGUCUUUUAAAAUUUUACGAAAAUUCUGAUCCACCAUUAAAGGCACAGAGAAGCCCGUGACUUUAAAACAUGCUUUGGCAUGUUAUUAUCACUUUGAGGUUUAUUUCUGUAUAAUAUGAAGAAUCUUUGUAAAUAAUUUGCAAAUAAAAUGUGGGUAAACUUUGUUUUGUGUGUCU